GCUCUGGCGGGAAGGUAGCGGCGGGCCAGGCGCUGAGCGAGCGGAGUAGGAAAUUAUGGAAGGUUAUGAAUGCUCCUAAUGGAAGAAAGAAAACUCUGUUUAACCAUCUAUACAUGCUGCUUCUGGGAAUGAAAUCCCUCGAGCUAUUAACCAGAAAAUCUGGGAGACUAAAAAUGCUGUUGACAGAACAUUUUUGCAAAAAUCAAGUCCCGUGUGUGUGCCUGUGUAUCUCCUCCUACCUUUGCAGCAAGAAGAAAAAAGAGAAUGGUUAUGAUCAAGUUGACCAAGAAAGAUACAUGAACUUGGUCCGUUCUGUCACAUCUUCCAAAGCCAGCCCUCAGACACCGGAAACAUUGUUUGAAGAAGAUAAUCUGAUAUAUGGACCAGUGAGUAAGUUUAAGUCUCCAGUUAAGGAUGUUGAAGCAAAAAUUCCAAAAAAUUGGGUCCCUCUGGUAAACUCCAAUAAAAGAACUUUGCCUCCAAACAGUGACCGAAAGCACCUGCUGAAAAUCGGUUUACAAAGGCACAAGGUGCCCAGUGUGACGAGUGUUCUUCAGCAGACCAUGCCUUUGGAUCAGGCAUUCUACCUGAAGAGGUGGAAGCAGCGGAUGAUUCUGGAACUUGGAAAAGAUGGUUUUGCAGAAUAUACCAAAAACAUCUUCCUUCAAGGAAAACUAUUCCAUGCAGCUUUGGAAUCUGUCUUUUUGUCUGAAGAGGUUCCGUUGAAGGAGCAGGAAAAAGAUACCACGGUCUCUGGCUACUUAGCAAGUGUGCAGCAUGUCCUGAGAGACAUCAGUGGAGUAAAAGCUCUUGAAAGUGCAGUUCAUCAUGAGACUCUUCACUAUUUAGGCCUUGUGGAUUGUGUGGCUGAGUAUCGAGGCCAGUUAUGUGUGAUUGACUGGAAGACUUCAGAGAAAUCAAAGCCGUAUCUCCGGAACACAUUUGACAACCCACUACAGGUUGCAGCAUAUACCGGAGCCAUAAACCAUGAUGCUAAUUAUGACUUCCAGGUUAGUUGUGGACUCAUUGUGGUUUCUUAUAAAGAUGGCUCCCCUGCACAUCCACAUUUCAUGGACUCGGAUCUGUGCUCUCAGUAUUGGAACAAAUGGCUCCUGCGCCUUGAAGAAUACACAGAGAAGGAAAAAAACAGUGCAAUUGAGACAAGUUAGAGGGGUGUGGUCUGAGCACAGAAGUGAAGCGGGAAGUCCUGAAUUUUAAUCUAGUCUCCGAUACUGACCCUCUUUGACCUUGGGCAAAUCACUUAAUAUCUCUGCCUCAGUGUCCCAUUUGUAAAUUGGGCCUAAUACUUGCCUACCUUACAGAGGUGCAAAGAGGAUUGAAUGGGCCAACUUAAAUUGGGCUGAUAUUUACAUUUUGCAGCAAGCCUUUAUAAAACCUGAAAUCAA